AAUUAUUUUUCUCUAAUAAGUAAUCAGCAUCAUAUCUCUUGUUAAAUUAUUAUGUUUUGUUCGUUAAAAGGCUUUUGACAUAAAUCAUUUGCCUCACGGCUACACUUAAUGUCCCUGAAAGGCAAUUAACUAAGUCAUUAAGCCCACAUAAUAGAGUUUAUCUAUUUUAUGCUUCCAAAAGGGAAGUAAUAAAACCUACAUACUGGUAAGACUGGUUCCCUUGACAACAGAGUGAUUCUAAAUUAGUGGAAGAAACGCAAAACAAUGAAUUUUUUGCGAUAGACACAAUUUUGAAAAGAAAACGUUUGUGUUUUUGAUCGAUUUAUUGUAAUUACGGAACUUUUUAGCCCUGAGGAGCCUUUUGUCUCACAAAUUCCUUUCAAAGUAGGUUGCUUGGGUGUCUAAGUCUGAGUUUUGCUUUAUCGCGCAUCACAAUAAUCAGGACUCGUGUACGAUUUAUGGCUCAAAAAGUCAACACUCACUAGCAAUAAAGAUGCGUUAUUACCAAUUCAUUUCCUAAUACUGUGUUAUUAGCGCGCUAAUUUAUCGAUUUGAUCUUCAACUCUUCAAUAAAUCCGCGUCAAGUUCGCCUUUGCCUAUUCCACUCAGCGAAUUCAUUCAUUCAAAGAAGUUAGACGCGCAUGGAAAAUGGAUCUCCAACAAUCACAACGUUAUUUUCACGGUUAUAUUUUGGUUCCAUGCUGCCCCGAAGAUUACUGUCAUAAUCAGCUACAGGGCUUACAAGCAAUUCCUAGUUCUUACACCAGCUCAAUUCUGAAACACGACCCUGUUUUACCAGAACAGAACGAAAAACAACCUGCUCAUGCGUCACGGAACAUAUCGCACGAGGGAGAAAGUGACUGUCCAUGCCGCGUGGUUUUUCCCGCCAUUUACAGACAGCGACCCGCAGCGUGUGGAGUUUCCCGCCACGAAAUUGGCGAAGAAAGGCUGUUGGCAUCGCCCUUGCUUAGAGAUGAUCGAGAACACACGAGUUGGAAAACGGAAAUUGGUUGCAAGCCAAAACGAAAUCGCACAAUCUUCACAGCAGAUCAGUUAGAACGACUGGAAAAAGAGUUUGACCGUCAACAGUACAUUGUUGGCACACAAAGGUUCUAUCUUGCGGCCGACCUGGGCCUCAAUGAAACACAAGUUAAAAUCUGGUUCCAGAAUCGCAGAAUCAAAUGGAGGCGACAGAACCUGAAUGCUGCGGGAAACUCAAAGACAAGCGGAAUUGACAGCGAUGAAGAAGAAGAAAAAGACAGAAAUUUGCAGAAGCAACGUUAGGAUUGCUCCAGAGGAAG